AUGCCAUACCCUCAGAGACUUCAAAAGGAGACCAAGGACAAGCAGUUUUUAAAGUUCUUGGAAGUUUUCAGAAAGUUACAAAUUAAUAUUCUUUUUGCUGAGGUUUUGGAGCAAAUGCCUCUCUAUGUUAAAUUCAUGAAGAAGUUGUUGUCAAAGAAGAAGCCUUUAAAGGGAGAUGAGACAGUGGUCUUGACUAAGGAAUGUAGUGUCAUAAUUCAGAAUAACUUGCCAAGAAAGAUGUCAGAUCCAAGAAGCUUUCAAAUUCCAUGUACCAUUGGGAGCACUACCUUUGAGAACGUCCUAUGUGAUCUAGGUGCAAGCAUAAAUCUAAUGCCCUUGUCUAUGAUGAAGAAAUUACAAAUCCAAGAGGCACAACCCUUAAGGAUAGCAUUACAAAUGGCAGACAAAUCUCUAAAGCCUGCAUAUAGAUUAGUGGAGAAUAUCUUGGUCAAAGUGGUUAAGUUCUUUCUCCCAAUAGAUUUUGUGAUUCUUGACAUGGGGGAGGAUGAGAGCGCCUCUAUAAUCCUAGGAAGACCAUUCCUAUCCACUGGGAGAGCUCUAAUUGUUAUGGAAGAAGGUGAAUUAGUGCUUAAAGUGCAUAAUGAGCAACUGGUCAUUCAUGUCUUCAAAGAUAUGCAUUCAGCAGGUGAAGAGGAGAGGUGCAUGCAGACUGAGCUUACUAAUCCAAACCUUCAAGAACCCCCAAUGAUGCACAACAUAAUCUGCAGCUCAAACCACUUUUGGUGA